AUGAACGGUGAUAUUGAGGAUCAUCAGAAUGCGUAUCGGAGAUUAGAUGACUCUUCUUGCUCAACAUUGAAACUCCUACAGUACAAAGAUGUGAAGAAUACUCGAAAGGAGACGACCAAACUUCGGGUCUACGUACUUGACCGAAGCCUACAAAACAGUGCCUAUGCUUUCGACAAAUAUUCUCUUCACCAACGACUUGGUGUUUCGGGAGUAAGCUGUAAUGGCCUUAAUACUAUCAAAAGGCUCCGACUGUUCGAUGCCGAUCCAAGAAAAGUCAUCAGCACAAAGAAGAAAUGA